UUACAUUAAGCCAAUCCCCGUGGUUCUUUUAUCCGAUAAAUGCAAGAGCACCAAAAUGGUUGAACGAGCAUGUUAUUGACAAAAAUUUAAGAAUAUUGUAAAAUACCUUUCAUAUAAGAGACGACAUGUCGAACGCUCAACCUAAUGCGAGUUAUGAUUAUUCACAGUAUUCGGGCUAUCAGUACCCAGCAUAUACUACUACCCCUGCAUCAACUACAGCUGCUACGACAGGUUAUAAUUAUGGCUAUGACUACACACAGGCUGGUUAUGGAAGUUAUGAUGGAUACACUGCAGGUAGCUAUGGUUAUGGUCAGGGGUAUGACUACAGUGCAUAUGGUUACUACAACCAGGCAGGGACCACCGCAACUCCUACUACCGCAGCUACACCAGUAACUUCUACAGAAGUGAAGCCGACUGAUACAUCCGCUAGUGUCUCACUCCCCGUGACAGGUCAGCCUGCCACUUUAGGUACACCAGCACCACCUGCACCCCCACCCCCACCACCUGAUGCUCAAACUGCCACAAGCCAAGCUGGUUCUUCCUGGGGUGGGAGCUAUUCAGCUGGAAGCUAUGGGAACCAUGCUGGUUACUAUGGUUAUCCUGCUGGUAGUUAUGCAACUCAGGCUGGUACCUAUGGUUACACUCAACAGCCAGCUGGAUAUGGACAACAGCAGACUGGUAACAGUCAGCAGCAGGCUGGUUACAGUCAGCAACAGGCUGGUUACAGCCAGCAACAGGCUGGUUACAGUCAGCCACAGGCCGGUUACAAUCAACCGCAGACAGGUUACAAUCAACCGCAGACUGGUUACAGUCAACAGCAGCCUGGUUACAGUCAGCAACAGCCUGGUUACAAUCAACAGCAGCCUGGUUACAAUCAACAGCAGCCUGGUUACAGUCAACAGCAGGCUGGUUACAAUCAACAGCAGCCUGGUUACAGUCAAAAGCCGACUGAACCAAGUCAAGUUACAGCUGGUUCUAGUCAGCAGCAGGAGGGUUAUAGUACUUCUGGCUAUGAAAAUAGUCAACAACAGUCAACCUACUCUGGAACCUCAGGUCAACAACAGCCCAGCUACAGCGAAAAGCAGCAUCAGCAGAAAACAGGCUACAAUCAGCAGAAGGCAUCUAGUGAUAGUGAUCAGUCAUCUGGAUACAGUCAAAAGCAUACUGGAUAUGGGCAACAACAGGCAAAGGGGUACAGUCAAGGUGAUUAUGAGCAAAAGAGCUCAAAUGAAAAUCAGAAAAAUAAAAAUAAUGAUUCUAAUAAUACAUAUUACAGUGGCAUACAGGAAAAUAACAGUUAUUCUAGUUUACAGAGUGACAGGGGUUCCUAUGGCCGUGGUCGUGGAAGGGGUGAUAGCAGUCACUCCGGAUAUGAUCAAGACCGUAGGGGAUUUUCAGGAAACCGGGGUGGGAGAGGAAGUUACAGAAACAAUAAUAAAAAUUUUGAUAGUAAUGAAAGUGAACAAGUAGAUAAUGAAGAAAGUUUAAAUGAUCAAUUUAAUGCUAGAAAUUACAGGGAUGAUUCUUGGAGUAAGAACAAUAAUAGAGGGAGAGGAGGCAGAGAGUUUGGGAGAGGGGAGUAUUCCAAUAGAGGAAAACAGAGGUUUGAAGGUGGUAGAGGUGUUGGAUUAAAAAGUCUAUUGAGUGAAGAAAUAGACUAUAGUGAAAGUUCAGGGGUCAAAAGAGGAGCAAGUCACAGAGGGGGGAAAGGAUUUGGGGCUGGAAGAGGGUAUAGUGAUUGGGAUAGGCAAGGUUCUGAGGAUCAGUUUGAUAGCGAAGAAAACAGUAAUAGUCAGGAGAGCUAUAGUACAGGCAGAAGUAGAGGUCGGGGAUCUGGAUCUUUUGGAAAAGGAAACACUAGAGAUGGUGCAGGUAGUGAGGGAGGGGGAUUUAGUAAUGACAAUCGAGGUGCUUUUAGAGGAGGUAGAGGUUUCAGUGGAGAGAGAGGAAGAUUUGGAAGAGGUCGUGGUUUUGGAAGACAGGAAGAUCAAAGUAAUGAUAAUGAUGAUAUAGAUUAUGAAAUGGAAGGAAAUCAAGUUAACACUAGAGGUGGUUUUGGAAAUCAAGUUAACACUAGAGGUGGUUUUGGAAGAGGCCGUGGUCAAAGAGGAAGAGGCGGAUUUGGAAACAAUAGAAGUCAAUGGGAUGAUGGUGAUGAUGAUUGGACUCCAGAAGCAGGAAAUAAUAGAGGUGAUUAUAGUAGAGGACAAGGUCAAAGAAGCAGAGGUGCCUUUGGAAGGGGUAUAGAUCAGGGUGAUGAUAAUGAAUUUGUAAGAGAUGCUGAUGAAGGGAACAGAGGAGGUUUCGGAAGAGAUGCUGAUCAAGGGAACAGAGGAGGUUUUGGAAGAGGUGGAAACAGAGGAAGUUUUGGAAGAGGCAGGGGUGGAUUUGGAAGAGGCAAUGAUCAAGGGAAUGAUGGUAAGUUUAAAACAGGUGAGGAACAAGAUUAUAAUAAAAGUGGUUUUGGAAGGGGAAACUUUGGAGGUGACAGAGGAGGCUCUAGUGUAGGUAGAGGACAAUCUAGUGAAAGAGGAGGCUCUAGUGUAGGUAGAGGACAACCUAGUGAAAGAGGAGGCUUUAGUGGAGGUAGAGGACAACCUAAUGAAAGAGGAGGCUUUAGUGUAGGUAGAGGACAACCUAGUGAAAGAGGAGGCUUCAGUGGAGGUAGAGGACAACCUAGUGAAAGAGGAGGCUCUAGUGGAGGCAGAGGACAACCUAGUGAAAGAGGAGGCUUUAGUGUAGGUAGAGGACAACCUAGUGAAAAAGGGACCUUUGGUAGAGGUAACAGAGGUGGAGUUGGUCGUGGGCAAAAUCAAGAUAAUGAACAUGGAGGUGCCCAACUUGGCAGAGGCAGGGGAAAUCUAGAUAAAUCUAAAGAACAUGCUACUGUUGACAAAACUAAAGUAGAAGUAAAACGUAAAAGUGUUGAAUGCUUAGAACUGUCACCAGCUAAGAAAAAGAAAGAAGAGGAGAAGAUAGAUGUUUUACCAUUCAUUCAAGCUCACAUUGAAGAGCACUGUACUGUUAAUGAAGAUGCUAGGAAAAUUGCAGAGGAAGCCUUGAAGAAAAUGAUGCAGCCAGCAUAUUGUGUGUUGUGUAAUGCAAGAAUGAGUGGUUCACCACAAGCAAUGAUGCACUAUCAAGGGAAAAAUCAUAAUAAAAAAAUUAAGAAUUUUAUAACAUGUGGGAUGACAAAGUAUGUUGAGAAGGUAAAGGAAGAUGCAAACAAGACUGAAGAACAAAUUGCAAAAGAAAAAGCAGAAGAAGAAGAAAGAAAUAGAAUUUUGGACCAAAAAGUCGCGGAGGGUGCACUGCGAGUGAAAGAAAAUUUACUAAGUUUGGCUCAAUAUGAUAUAAUACCCAGAAGGCCUCCUGGACAGGCGAGAGAAAUGGUUCCUAUAGAUGAUCAAGAUCCGAAGUUCUGUAAGGUAUGUUGUGUAGAAUUCUCGGCACCUUCCCAAGCCACUCAGCAUUAUGACGGGAAAAAUCAUCAGAAACGUCUUAAACAACUUGGUCCUGGAGCCGCAGAGGAAUUAGGAAACUUUGUGUGUGAGACCUGUAAUGUUCGUGUUACAUCACAAGAAAUUCUGACCCAGCAUAUGAAUGGGGCAAAACACAAGUCCAAGGUUGCUAGAGAGAAAAACUUGAAGGUUAAAAAAGAGGAUUACAUUGUGCCAGAAGGUGGAUUGGUUGUUGAAGGAGGUCCAAUGUUAAGACCGGGUCAGAGGUUACCUCCUGGAUUUAAAGUGAUGCCAUAUAGAGAACCUACGCAAAACGAGGCAUUCACAAGCAGGUUCGAGGGUCCAGCCAGCUUUUUUACCGAUAACCCGACGCCAAUCAUUAAUCCAGUCGAGGAGGAGCCUGUGGAAACUACCUCAUCUAAAAGACGGAAAAAGUUACAGAAGCAGUUACCAAACUUUUAUAAUGUUAUUUAGAAUUUGCAGGGUUUCCAAGGAGAUGUGAUUAAUGAAUAAGACUGUUUGACUUUUCACAGGUUUCUGUUUUCCUGUCCAAAGGGAUAUAUUUUAGUUAGUUACUUGAUAUGUGUUAGCUAAGAUCUCCAGAGUUAUGUGAAUUGUUGUGUAUAUAAAGAAAAAUAUUCACUAUUGUCUUAUAAUGAGUAUAAUUUUAGACACUAGGGUCAAUGUUAAGGUCAUCAAAGCUAAAAAAAAAGAUUCUUCUACUUUUCCUAAUACGACAGAUAAUUUUGAUGUAAGAUAUGAAGUUACCAUGCAUUGUCUUAUAAUGAGUAUAAUUUUAGACACUGUUUAGGGUCAAUGUCAAGGUCAUCAAAGCUAAAAAUAGAUUCUUCUACUUUUUCAUGUAUAGUGAUGAUUGAAUUGUAUUAUACAGUUAUUACAUACGUGAUUUGGGAACAGUCAAACUGUUGGCCGGAGGUGUAGGGGGUAGUCUUUUGAACUGUUGCCCAAGGCUGUAGGCCGAGGGCAACAGUUCAAAACACUUUCCCUGACACCGAGGGACAAUUGUUUGACUGUUCCCAAAUCACAUAUGAAAUAGCUGUUGUAUUACCUGAUCAAUUAGUGUUUUAACAGUACUUGCAGAUGAAAAAGGGAACAAGAAAAUAGUUUUGCACAUAUGUUAAUAAUUAAAAUUAAUACUUUAACUAUGUCACGUCAUGUCUGGUUUAUGAUCAAGAUCAAUGGACGCUUUACGAGGGGAAUCCUCUAUGACAUCAAUGACGUCAGAGCACAUGAGGGGAACAGUCUAAACUAUUGACCUGUCAACAGUUUGCGAACGUUGACGUUUUUAGAAUUUCAAAAAACAGUUAAAAAUACCAAAUUACAUUUAUAUAAGGUAUCAGGUAAUAAAAGAACAUAAGAGAUGAGAGUUUUUACAAGCUGCACUUAGAUGAGAGAAUGAAAUGGGUAAUAUUGCCCUCGAUGGAAUUUCUCAUUGAAGAAAAUAUCCAUUCUAACACGACCUGCAUUUUUCGGAUUCCCUAUUGAAUAUAGAAGAACCAAAAGUGUGUGUUAUUAUGUUACAAAGUCACUGUUGACGUUCUAUAUUUAAACAUUUGACAAAAUCAUUAUACAUGUGAUGUAACCACUAAAAAUGUGAUGCGCUGAAAAUAAGUACAGAAAAAAAUCAGGAGCAAUUAACGCUAAAUAUCAGGUACCGCAGCAUUUAUUUGUUGAUGUUGUGUUAGAAUCGAAAUGAUAUAUCCAAAUCCGUGAUUUUAUCGCUUGAUUACAUCACUGUUUGUCGUUCGGAUGGGCAUCAUUAUAUCACUUGGGCUACACCCUCGUGUUAUAAUUCCUCGCAUCCGAACUCAAAACAGUGAUUUUAUUGAGCGAUAAAAUCACUGUUUUGGUUACAUUAUUUCUUAAUUAAAUCAACUUUAACUUGCUGAAGUCACAAGUGAUAAACAUUUGCCACCACAAUAGAGGCUAGGCUGCACAUCUGUGCAGUCUGACAGACUAUACUGCUGGUAACAAAACUAGUAAGAUUUUGUAUUCUGAUAUUUAAAUCCUGUAAAUUUUUAAUGCACUGUUUCAAAUGCAUAACCGGAGAAAUCCAUUACAAAAAUUCAGCCGGUUAAAAGUUAAUUGUAAUUUGUGUUAGUGUUCUUACUUAAUUGACAAUUAUUUAACAGAAGCCUGAACUUAUUGUUUGCAUAUUGUAUGGUUGUAUAGCAAUGUUAAUUAUAAUGCUUAUUGUAUGAAACAGAAACAGUUGAUAUGUCCAAAUAUUUCAUUACAGAAAUUUACAGAUGUGUAGAAUUAACAGUAUGAAAUAUUAUUUUUUUAUUGAUGGAAGAAGAAUGAUUAUGAAGUUGAUGUUAAAAAAAUGACCAUCAUCAUGUUUUCAUUUCAUAAACGUCAGCAUUAUUUGUUUUACAUAUGCAUGACAUGGAACCCUAUAAAUUUGUAUAUAUGUUUCAUUUUGAGUCAGACCACAUUAUGUUGAUUAGUACAUGUAUAUAUUGAUCCUUCUGUAAUUCUUUCCUACAAACUUUACAUAAAACACAAUGUAUUUGCUUUUGACAGUCAUGUUUUCAGUAGUGUAGCCCUUUAACUGCUGAAUUCCUUAAAUCGUCUUGUCCUGGGUCUGAGAAUAUAAAGAAUUUAUCUAAGCUCAAAAAUGGAUCUCAGGUAUUUGAUUGGUCGGAAACUGUCACAAAAUGUUCACUGACCAAUGAUAAUCCUGAGUUUU